AUGCCCUUGCCAGUAGCUUUGGCUGAUGAUGAAAAGACAAACUUGACGAGCCAAUCCGUUGUUUCUUUAGCGUCUGAAGACACAACUGCGCUAGAAGAUGAGAAACUGCUUGACGAUGCCGACUCUGGAUACAAUGUUGUACCAACGCAGCCUCUGAAGCGUAGAAGGGCGCAAGUCAAGACGACUGAAGUGCUGACAUUAACGGAAGGUAAUCUCGUGACUGAGCGACCUGUUCCACAAAAACUCUUCAAACUGCUUGCAAGGCGCGAUAGGCAAGAGUUUACGCAUGUGCGGUACACGGCAUGUACAUGCGACCCAGACGACUUCAUGAAGGAUGGCUAUACGCUGCGUCAACAACUCUUUGGCCGUGAAACAGAGUUAUUCAUUACCAUUACCAUCUACAACGAAGCUGCCGACUUAUUUGCUCGUACUCUGCAUGGCAUCUUCAAGAACAUUGCGCAUUUGUGUUCACGUACAAAGUCAAGGACAUGGGGAACGCUUGGCUGGCAAAAAGUCGUCUUGGUCAUCGUAGCGGAUGGUCGAACGCAGAUCCAUCCGCGAGUACUGGAUGUGCUGGCGGCCAUUGGUGUCUAUCAAGAAGGACUUGCACAGCAGCAGGUGGGUGAGAAGUUGACCACGGCGCACAUCUAUGAAUACACGUCGCAAUUCUCUAUGGAUGCCAACAUGCACUUCAAGGGAACAGAAAAGGGUAUACCGCCUGUACAGAUCCUCUUUUGUUUGAAAGAAAAGAAUGCCAAGAAGCUCAACAGUCAUCGAUGGUUCUUCAAUGCGUUUGGUCCUGUUGUUAAUCCGAAUGUGUGCAUGCUGCUGGAUGCAGGGACCCGGCCUGGCUCCGACUCCAUCUACCACUUGUGGAAGGCCUUUGACUUGGACAGUAAUGUUGCCGGUGCAGCAGGUGAGAUCAAAAUUGAUGGUGGCAAGCACUGGACGCAGCUCCUCAAUCCGCUCGUGGCGGCACAAAACUUUGAGUACAAGAUAUCCAACAUCUUGGACAAGCCGCUCGAAAGUGUCUUUGGGUAUGUGUCUGUGCUGCCUGGCGCCUUUUCAGCGUACCGGUACUGUGCCCUCAAGAGUGAUGACGAGGGCAGAGGUCCGCUUGACUCUUACUUUAAAGGAGAGGUGGUGGACACGAGCGCUGGUAUUUUCGAGCAAAACAAGUUCUUGGCAGAGGAUCGGCUGUUGUGCUGGGAACUCGUUGCAAAGCGCGAUGCGAAAUGGAUUCUUAAGUAUGUGUCAAAGUCAUUUGCUGAGACGGACUGUCCUGACAAUGUCGCUGAGCUCAUGGGUCAGCGUCGUCGAUGGUUGAAUGGUGCUACAUUUGCAGCGACCUACUCGAUGGUUCACUUUCGACAAAUUUGGGCGACGUCGCACUCCAAGACACGCAAGUUCUUCUUCCACUUGGAGUUCAUUUACCAAGCGUUUUGUCUGCUCUUUACAUUCUUUUCCUUGGGCAACUUUUACCUGACCUUUUUCUUCAUUUGUCAGUCUGCAGCAACGCUGAGUCCAGUACUCAAUGGACUCUUUGUGCUCUUCCGAUACCUGGUCAUUCUGGUGACUGCUGGGCAGUUCAUUUUGGCCUUGGGCAAUCGGCCAAAGGGGGCUAAGACGUUGUUCAUGGUGUCUCUCAUCAUCUACAGUGUGAUUAUGAUGUACACACUUGUGAUGGCGACGUAUCUGGGUGUUCACAGCAUUCAAGUGAGCAUGCAACAAGGACACACCAUUUUGACGGACCAGAAAUUUGCGACGGUGGUCUUGUCUGCGUUGGCUACAACGGGUAUUUACUUUGUGGCGAGCUUCUUGUACCUCGAGCCGUGGCACUGCUUUACGAGCUUUGGGCAGUACCUUGUACUGUUGCCCUUCUUCUCGUGCACCUUGAGUAUUUUUGCAUACUCAAACUUGCACGAUGUGUCAUGGGGAACAAAGACGACUGAUACAUUACCGAAGUUGAUGCAGACUGCGGUGGUGACGGGUGAUCAAGUGGUGAUGCAGGUGCUCUCGAUGCCGGAUGUCGAGGGCAGCUAUGAAGAUGCACUUGCCAACCUACGACUGAGGAAGCCGGUGGAGGAAGGAGCACAAGACACGACGGCGGUACGGGAUGACUACUUCAAGGAGAUACGAACACGCGUGCUACUGGUAUGGAUGGCGGCCAACUGUGUAUUGGCGAUGUCUGUGUCAGAGUACUAUGCUGUUCCUACGAGCAAGAACCUGUACCUUGCGUUUGUGAUGUACGCGGUGGUGAUAUUGACGGCGUUUCGGUUUGCAGGUUCUUUGGUGUACCUGGUGCUCAAGGUGGUGGCACUGACUGGGAGUACGCGGAGUGCUGGUGAGCGUGUGGGUCAGUGGUGGAGGGAUGCUUUGGGUGUGCUGCUGUUUUGGCGGAAGGUGCCAUUGGGCAGUAGCAGUAGCAGCAGUAGCUAG